AUGAACUCGAAAUCGCCUCAGGUUACAAAGAUAGAAGACAAUAUUGCGCGAGUCAAAGGCUUUCUCACAAAGGUUCAACCGGGCUCAUUGGACCUUCUUUGCUUCCCAGAGAUGGCACUUACAGGUAUUUACCUUGCAGACUCGAAGGCUGUCGUAACAAACUGUCCAGGCUACGUCUUCCCGACACCAGCAGACGUCUCGCCGUACCUUGAGCAUCCAAAGACCGGCGUCUCGCUCCAGUUCUUCCAGGAAACCGCGAGAAGCCUUCGAACGUUUGUCAUCGCUGGAUAUCCAGAGAAGCUAGGAGAUGAAGAGGAGCGAGACGACCAUGCCGUUGGUGCGAACAGCGCUGUAGUGUAUGAUCCCAAUGGCGCCUGGAUUGGAGGAUACAGAAAGACAAACCUCUUUGAGGCUGACCUGCCAUGGGUAAAGCCUGGGACUGGAUACGCGUGUUUCCCCAAUCUCUCUGAGUCGCUGCAGACGGUUUCAUUGGGCAUAUGUAUGGAUCUCAAUCCAAUGCCGAACGUUACAGACUGGCCUGCUCCAUGCGAGUUGGCAUCUUUUGCACUGUCUCGUCGUUCACGGGUACUCGUCCUCCUUUGUGCAUGGCUCCGAUCAGAAGAGGACGGAAACUCGCCUUUCAGUUUGACAACAAUCCAGUACUGGAUUGCACGACUAUUGCCGCUUUGGAGCAAAGACUCGGACGCACUGAGGCCUAUGGACGAAUAUCCAGCUUCAGAUGAGCACGAUGAGACAAUCGUGGUUAUUUGCAACCGUACGGGACUGGAAAGAGGUACAUGA